GCUUCUUCCAUUGCACAGCCCAUGGUUUCCAUGAUGGCUUCCUUAAGCCUUCACACAGAAAACAUGAGGUUUAUGCUUGUAAAUGCUGGCAGGAUGUUGUGCACAGGCUCACCACAAGCCUUCAGGAAUGGUCAGAGCAGGUUGUCUGUAAUGAUUCUUCUUCCAUUUAAGGUCAGAAACAGGAGCCAGAUCCCUUUGUCAUAAAGGGCAAAGGAGAGUCUUGUGAGAAUCACCAAUAAAAGUGAUCUCAGAUGGGGAACAGGAGCAAUACUUCCCACACUCUGAUAAAUUCAAGUUCUGCCUCUCUACUCUCUCCUGGUGAGACUCCACCUGCAGUGCUGCAUCCAGCUCUGGGGUCCCAGACACAGGACAUUGAACUGUUGGAAUGAGUCCAAACAAGGGACACCAAGUUAAUCAGAGGGAUGGAGCAUAUCUCCUACGAAAAAUGCUGAGAGAACUGGGAUUGUUCAGCCUGGAAAAGCUUUGUUAUGACCUAAUUGUGGCCUUCCAGUACCUGAAGGGGACAGAGGAAAGAUGGGGCAAUACCAUUUACAAGAGCAUGGAGUGACAGGACAAGGGGUUAUGGGUUCAGAUUCUAAGAGAAUAUGUUUAGAUUAGACACUAGUAAAAAAUUCUUUACUGUGAGGGUGGUGAGGCACUGGGACAGAUUGCCCAAGGAAGCUGUUGAUUCUCCCACCCUGGAAUUGUUUAUGGGCAAGUUGGAUGGGGCUUUGAGCAACCCAUUUUAACGGAAGGUGUCCCUGCCCACGGCAGGGGGACUGGAACUAGACGGCCUUUAGGGUUCCCCUCCAGUCCAAACCAUUCUAUGAUUCCGUGGUAAGUUUCUCCAGACUUUGGGCAAUCUAUAAUGGACUUUGGCGAAAUCAGCUUCGGGCCCUUCGAUGGUUUAAAUUGCAACGAAGCUUUUGUGCCGGGACUGCCCGUCUUCCUGGCAAAUGGGCGGGGUUUCUCCGUGAUUUUGCAGCUUCAGGUCUCCACCAACGCAGCGGAAACAAUUUCUCUAUGGCCUAGAAGUAGCAAAAGGUUAAAUCGGUGAAGUCGAGCUGCCAGCAGACCGAGGACAGACACGUGAACAGGAGCGUGCAGAAAUGCCUCCCUUCGAAAACAAAGGACUAAUACUGGGCAUAAUGGCAGGGACUGCGGGUUUAAGCCUGGUGCUGAUUUGGUACCGCAAGAUCCGAAAGCCCGGUGCUGCUGCGCGUAUACGUGCGUUCCAGGAUAUAGGGAACAGCAUUAAUUCUGUGGGCUUGCAGAAUGAGGCUCCUAAUGAGCAAGGAGCAGUAAUGGUUUUACAUGGAAGGCAACUGCAGAUACUAGAAAAAUUGAAUGGCCUGCUACUAAGCGUGGACGAACUGAAGAGAGAGGUGGAAUUUCUGAAAGAAGCUAUUCCAAAACUUGAAGAGCUUGUUCGAAAUGAGCUUCAUGGAAAGGGUGAUGUUCAGAGAGUUAGCCCAUCACACAGAGCAACAAGGCGGAGAAAAGCUGAGACAGCUUCUGGUGCAAGAGAAACUACCAGCUCUGAGGAGGCAGAAAGCGAAGGAGGUUACCUUACCGCUCAUACUGAUUCUGAAGGAGACUCCGAGGAAGAAAAGAGAUGUAUGAAAUCACCUGAUGCCAUGGUCAAAUCAGAAGAAGAUGAAGACUUAUUUAAUUUUUUACAGCAGGUGGACAAUUUGCACAAGGGUUCAGAGGAUGAUAAAAAGGAGGGCUUCAGGCUGUUGCUUGAGAGAGAAGACAAGUACGAAAACUGUGUGGACUUUCUUUGGAGGCUUGCACGUGCUUAUGGCGAUCUGUUUGAGAUGACUACUGAUGCUGAGGAGAAGAGGCAAUAUGUAACUGAUGGAAAGAUGAAAGCUGAAAGGGCUGUUGAGCUGGAUGCUGGGAGUGCUGAGAGUCACCAGUGGUUUGCAAUUAUGUGUGGCUAUAUGUCUCAGUUUGAAAGUGUACAAAACAAAAUCAGGAAUGGUUAUCUCUUUAAGGAGCACCUAGACAAGGCAAUUGAACUUAAGCCUCAAGAUCCGCUUUUAUAUUACCUAAAUGGAAGAUGGUGCUAUUCAGUAGCUCAGUUGUCUUGGCUUGAGAAGAAAGUAGCUGCUGCUCUCUUUGGGACUCCACCAACUUCAACAGUAGAAGAAGCAUUGCAGAAUUUCCUUAAGGCAGAAGAAAUGCAUCCAGGAUAUUCCAAAUGCAAUUAUGUGUAUUUGGCGAAGUGCUAUAAAGAUCUUGGCCAGAAAAACAAUGCACUGAAGUACUGUGAUUCUGCACUGUCAAUUCUCUCAGUUACUAAUGAGGAUAAAGAGGCCCAGAAAGACUUAGAGGCUUUACUUCUUACACUGAAGCUCUGAUACUACGUACUUUUAACUCUUCAUGCUGUAAUAAAAUAGCAAAACUGAGAAUCUACGGUGACUGGGAACUGCGGGUGAAUUUCAGCUAAGUCAAUGGAAAAACAGUCAUUGAUUUUGGUUGGCUUGGAUCAUGGCCUUUAAGUGUCUGGCAAUUAUGGUAUUAAAAUAAUACAUUCAAUUUUGAUUAUUUAUAAUCUUGUACUGAAGUUUAAUUUUAGAUUUCUGACACUGUGAGUCUGAUUCUCUGAACGUGAAGUCUAUUGCUGGCAAUGGACCUACGGGGGGUUAGAAUGCAAAAGGAAUAAAUCUCACUCUUUGAAAGAUUAAUCAACUACUAAGUGAUGCCAGCAUAGAACUGUGUGUAGCAUAAACAAACAAAAAAUGUUUCUAUAGUAAAUUAUAUUUAUAUCAACUAAUUUACACAGAUGUGUACAGAAGAAAAUCAUGAAUAUUUAUGUUUACACAUUUCUCUACUCUUAAAAAAGUUGCAAUCUUGUUGAAGUUAAACAAAGCUGUUGCCGCAACAAAG